GGCGGCGUCUUCUCGCUCAUCGCCGUGGUCCUCAUGGCGUUCAUGUUCAUCACGGAGACCUACGUCUUCCUCGGCGCGGGCCCCGUGCGCGAGGUCAUCGACCUCGAGAUGGACGUGUCGGCGGAGCUGCGCAUGAACGUGAACUUGGAUUUCCCGAACCUCGAGUGCUCGGACCUCACCGUCGAACUCUGGCGCGCGGCGGUCCGGAGCCAGCCGCGGUCCAUGGAGAAGACGCUGCAGGUGUCGCAGUUCAAUCCGAUCUCGAAGCGGAAGCGCCGCUACGAGCGCAUCGUCAACGCGAAGAAGGGCGCCGAGGGGGGCUUCACCGGGUGCAAGGUCGAGGGCUACGUCAACGGCUACAACUCGCCCGGGUCGCUGAAGAUCUCCGCGCCGCCGAACGCGAACCUGAGCCACACGGUCAACGCCUUCUCCUUCGGGCCGCCGCAGACGCGGGACCAGGCCAAGCACCUCGCGCGGCUCCCGGAGAAGUUCCGCAAGGUCGCCGACGGUACCUUGGACGGCCGCGACUUCUUCUACCACGCGAACGACAAGGUCUUCCACCACUUCAUCCACGUCGUGCCGACGAAGUACGCCCUCGCCGGCGUGCGCAAGCACUUCAUGGCCUACCAGCUCCUCCACCAGGACCACCUGAGCCACCACGACGACGACGAGGUCGACCACUGGUCCGUCCGCUUCGGCUUCGACAUCUCCCCCAUGGUCGCCAAGGUCACGAACCAGGGCUCGACGCGAUGGUACGACUACGUCACGAACCUCCUCUCCAUCAUCGGCGGCGCCUUCACCGUCGUCCAGCUCGCCGAGCGCUGCGCGUCAACGUUGUUUUGA